AAAAUGACACAUAUACCAGUAGAUUUGGAUAAAAUCGAUUGGGGUCCCUUUUUAGCUGCUCAAGAUGGCGGCGCAAAAACCGGCAUAUCCAAUGAAAGUCAAUAUUUCCAGGGAACAAGGUAUCAACGCGGUUUUGGCGUACUGGGCACUGUAGGUCGUUUUCUCAUGCCCAUAGUUAAAAAUUUAGCUACUAGUGCAGGCCAAGAAGCAGUUAACGUUGGGAAAAAUGUACUUGAUGAUGUUUCACAAGGUCGUUCAGUUAGUGAAUCAUUAAAAAAACACAGCAGUGAAGGUCUCCAAAAAGUGGGAAAAAAGCUUCAACAGUGCGGAAAAGGAAAAAGAAAACGUAAAUCAAAACAAAAACCAAUUAUUGAAAAGAUUACAAAUAAGGGAAGACGCCACAGGGAUCAACUAAGUUUAGAAGAUUUCUGA